GCAUGUAAGUCUCGACAUCGUUUCUUUCGCUUGCAGACAGAAAGCAGCAGCAGUACGGCGAGAGCUACAGCGUGAUGGGAAAUGCCAGACUGCCGCUUUGCUGACUGGGUGUGUUUUGCUGUUGCUGGCUGGAGACGCAGUGUGUUUGGUCUGUAGGCAGAGAGCCGUCUGGCAGCCAGCGUUUCUCCCCACCAAUCAGCUGAACAUCAGCUGAUCCCACAAAAAUCCUGCGUCCCCCACUCCCUGCUAAAAGGAAAAGGCAGAUCAAUACACAGGUGGAGCUGAGGUUUCCAACUGAAACCUUUCACUGCAGAAUCACUGGCACUGUUACAGAGUGUUCUAUGGGCUGGUGGGAGAGCUUCUUGCCAAAGGAACAAGGAGGCUGGGAAGCAAAGGGGGAAUCGGUUAUGCUGAUGAGGCACUGAGCUCACAAAUAGUAUUCUCCACCUGGCAAAAUAAGAAGUGAAACUAUAUGGUUUUUUGCACUCAUUUCUUUGACGACAUACCAGAAGCCUCCCUGUGUCUGGACCAACGGAGAGCCCUUGUCGUGGAUUUGUUCUACUGUGUCCCCAAAAAGGAGCUGGAGAUAGUUAAGACAUUAAAGACUAUUUUAUAGGAAUAUUACUUUUAUUUUAUGCCUCAAAAAUACGUUUUUAGAUUUUAAAGAAAAUUGUCAGCUUAUUUUCUACCUGUCUGGCUGGCACAGAAGGGACCUAAAUGAUUCAAACCAGCUACUGGAUCCAUCAUGUUAUAGAGCCACACGUGGCCUCCUAGCACUGAGGAAUAUCACUUUUUUUGCCCAUUGAGCAUUGCAAAAGGCAAAAAGGAUACAAGAAACCUGCUUUAGCCAUGCUGCUGAAGAAGAAAUUGUGCAUUGCUGCCUUGUUUUGUGGCAUCCUGUUUUUUAUGUUGGCCACACACACUAUUCAGAAAAACAGUCUCUUGUCCAUGACGGAGGACGUUACACACACGGCGGCCCAGUUUGUACUAAAGAACCAAACACACUCUCAGUCCGUCACCCAGUCCAUCCAGCGGCGCUCCUGCAGCUGCCCCACAUGUGUUACAGAUCUGGGUGUCUCUGAGUGGUUUGACCAACGCUACGACCACAAACAGCAACCCUACCUCACUACCAAGGAAAAUGAAAUAGAUCCACUUGCAUUAAAGUGGUGGCUGGCUCUGCAGCGGUCAGUUGAUGGGACAAUCAAGGAAGUGAUGAAGAAAAUGUUCACUGUGAUUUCUUCUCCACCUGUGGAAGAACUGCAUCAGCCAAGUCACUGUCGGACCUGUGCUGUGGUUGGAAACUCAGGAAAUCUACUGCAGUUCAAGUAUGGAGCUGCAAUAGACUCCCAUUCCAUUGUCUUUCGGAUGAAUAAAGCCAUGACUGCUGGGUUCGAGCAACAUGUGGGGAAUAAAACCACUCACCACUUCAUGUACCCAGAGAGCGCUGUGGAUUUGAACCCUGGUGUCCAUCUUGUCUUGCUGCCUUUUAAACUGAGGGACCUUCAGUGGGUGACGAGUGCACUUUCAACUGGAGAAAUUAAAACGACAUAUGUGAGAGUGAAAGAACGUGUGCAAGCAGAUAAAGACAAGGUGAUUGUGGUGAAUCCGAGUUUUUUUAAGUACACUCAUGAUCACUGGACAGAGCACCAUGGAAGAUACCCAUCCACUGGCAUGUUAGCCAUAGUGUUCGCUCUGCAUCUCUGUGAUGAGGUGUCUGUGUUCGGCUAUGGUGCGGAUUCACUGGGAAACUGGCACCACUACUGGGAGGACAACAAGUAUGCGGGAGCUUUCAGGAAAACAGGUGUUCAUAAUGCUGACUUUGAGAGUGAAAUCAUCCGUAAAUUGGACACAGAGGGCAAAAUUAAACUUUACCCGAAGGUGGGACAACAAACCAGUCUGAAUCUGAAGGAAUGACUCAAAGCCACGAGACCACACAUGUUGGGUCAGAAUAGAGGCCAAAGAGGACAAAGACACACCUGUGAUCCACCCUGCUAUUAACUGACCACUGUGAGAAUUGCUGAACCAAACCCACUGACAACAAGCUGUAUUCUCAAGACCAAACAAACCUUAACUGUUUUUUAAUGAAUGUUUUAUUGUUACUUGUCACACAUUUAACGUAGAACCACAAGAUGGACUAAAUUCAAUGAGAACAAAACUCUUGAAGAUGCAGGAGGGCAGUGGACCAGAGAAGGAGUGGUAAGAGGAAGGAAUAAGCUUAAAGUGAUAAUUGGGUCAAGACAUGUUUGGUGUCUGAAGUUUGCUUCUUUUUUGCACUGGAGCUAACAGGCUAAUGUAGCUAACAAAUAAUUGAUGCUUAUACUACCCUGCAUGCUUACCUCAGGCCAUGUUAUCUAAAAUACUAUCUAGACUUAUGUGAUGUAGGCAUACUGUAAGCACAGUGCUAUUUGGUGGGGUAUAGCUUUGUUAGCUACAUUAGUCUGUUAGCUCUGGUGCAAAACAUAAAGAAAUUAUGUAAAUGUAAUUUUUCACUGAACCUUUAAAGCUGUUUCAUGUCCACAUUGAGCUGCACUGUCAAGCCUUACACAUACUGACCCUUGGGACUUGACUGCAAAGAGGAAAAGGAUGAAAAUAAAACUCAUGUUUGGCAAAGCGGCAUUCUUGGCCCACUUCUCAACUUCUCAUUUUAGACAAAAAAGCACUUUUUACUGCAACUGAGUACAAAGUAUGUUUUGCAUUAUAGUUACCAAUAAGUGUUUUUAAGGAAAAGUAUUUUUUUAUUAGUUUUUGCUGUAUGGAUCACUAAAGCAAAUGAAAACAUUAUUUACCAUCUGGAUCCAAAUUGGCUAUUUUGCUUGCCUUGUUUUAGCAAUACACAAUAGAGACAAAAGUAUUGGGACAUCUACAGGUGCUUUUAUGACAUUCAUUUGGAGUUGGUCCCCCCUUUGCAGCCAUAGCAGCUUCCAUUCUUUGGAGAAGGCUUUCUGCAAGAUUUUGGAGUGUCUGCGUGAAUGUUUGGACAUUCAUUCAGAAAUGAAUGAGAGGGCCAGGCUUAUAAUCUUCGUUCUAGUUCAGAGGAGCUCAAUCCUGAUCCUGGAGAUCGACCACCCUGCAGAGCUGAGCUUCCAAAUGUAAUCUAGCACACCUGAUCUAGGUAAUGAAGGCCUUCUGGAGUAUCUGGUAAUUGAGCCAGGUGUAUUGGAUCUGAAUCCUUAAGGGUGGUGGAUCUCCAGGACCAGGAUUGAGCACUACUGUUCAAGUUCAUCCUAAAGGUGUUCCAUCAGGUUGAGGUCAGGACUCUGUGAAGGCCAGUCAAAUUUGUGCACUGGGACACAGUCACGCUGGAACAGAAUAAGGCCUUCCCCAAACUGCUCCUACAAUGUUGGAAGCAUACAAUUGUCCAAAAUUGGUGUGCUGAAGCAUUAACUAAGUGACUAACAGGUGUGUCCCAAUACUUUUGUGCAUAUAGUGUUUGUCUUUUUUAAAAAAAAAACAAUUGAGCACAUCAUGAUCAGUAGAUUGUGAAUAUUUUUAUUAUUUAUAUUGAUUAAUGGUGCAUUAAAGGCAAAUAUUUACUCUGUUGUUUUGCAUGAAGAACCCAACCGUCCUUGAACGUUGAGCAUCUGUGCCUUUGCGUGGUUGCACUGAUUACACACACACACAUUUCAGUUUACUACCUUUGCCAGUAAUACUUACCACAGUUUGGGAUUUUUACCAGCUACUAUUUUAGCAACAUAGACUGAAACGCAUCUUUGACUUGACCUGUGAUUUAGAGUAAUAAAUGGAAUCUGUUUUGGAUAAUUGUAAUGACUGAUUGUGGUUUUGGUCAAAGUUGUUUUCUUUUUGUAGCCUAUCAACUGUUGCAGGACUGUGAAAAUGCUGAAACUUGACUUUUCAUUUUGUUGCAGAUUUUUCUUAUUGCCAAGUUUCUUAUAUAUUUGUGAUUUAUUAUGUGAUUUUAUGUUUAUGAAUGUAUUAUGUUUUUCUUCUACAUUGCCCUGUGCCUGAUGAUAAUGGCGAUGAUGAUGAUGAUGAUUGUGGUCUACUGAGGCUGAAGGUCAUGUCUCAAUUCACAUUAUCAAAACAAUAAAACCAUCCCAUCAAGACUGAAGGAAAAAACCUUUCAUACACACUUUAAUAAGUGUUCUAACAAAACUCAUUAAUGAGUAAUGAAAAUAGUGCAGGGGACAUAAACAUUUCUUCCAUUUACCUCCUGUUCAAAACAUAAAAUCAAAUUAUAAACAAUAAAAAAAUCACGUAUUAAGAGAUCAGGUAACAUAAAUAAAAAAUUGGAAUGCAGAAGUAAAAAUAAGGAAAUACAACAUUGCUAUGGCAUUUCUUUGAGAUGCACUAAAUAUUUUCACUUUUUAAAAUUACCAUUCCAAUUCUACUUCAUCACAGACUUAAUGUAAAACAGUGAAGAUAAACAACAUUAAUACAAUGUAUUCAAGUUACAGGCAUCAGUCACAGGCAACUAUUCCCCUACCUAGUAUAAGGUAUGAAUGUGCAAGUUGGUAGAAAAAUAAAGCAAUAAGUCAGUGGUUAGUCUUGGGGACUUGUUAUUUACAGGAUUGUGGGAUAUGAAUUUAUUUCAAGUAUUACUUUUAAAGUUGUGGCCCAGAGAUUUCUGUUAAUUACACUGCAUUCAACACACACAGGACAUGUGACUACACACAGUAUAUAGUCCAGGCCCAGACUUGCCUUGGCCCUGAUGGCCAAGUAUUUAACUAGGUUACCAUCUCCCAGUGUGCUUUAAAGAGAAAUGAGAAGUUACAUGUGUUAAAAGAUUCUUGACCUGAAUGUGACAGUGUGCCCCCAUUUUAACGGACAGAGUACCAAAUCAUGUGCAAGCACCUUUGUAAGCAACUUCGUGCCAAGUUUUUGUGAAAAAUCUUGAUAAAGCUGUGGUCUGUCUUGAAUAAAGCCUUGUGUACAUAUAUAAUCACGA